AUGGCAGCUCCCAAAUACAGCGCGUGUUUCAACUGUUCAUUUACCGGAGAUGAGAAGGUUGGGAAAACUGCUCUAGCAGUGACGAAAGCGACAAGGGAAUUUCCCAGCGACUACGAACCAACUGUGUUUGAAAACUAUGCAGCCGAUGUGACUGUUGGAAGUCAAACUUUUCUGUUGGGGCUAUUUGACAACGCCAGCCAGGCCUGUUAUGAGCCUCUCCGAGCGUUCGCCUAUGAGAAGAGUGACAUCUUUCUUCUCUGCUAUUCUGUAGCCAGAAGGACAUCAUUCCAAAGUCUACAGACGACCUGGCUUCCAGAACUGGAGAAAUACAUCAAGAAGAAGAAGCCCGUUCUUGUGAUUGGCUUACAGACUGACUUACGUACGCAGGAAGCAGCCAAGGAUUGCGUAACUACAGAAGAAGGGAAGCAACUUGCAAUCGAUAUCGGAGCCGUGGACUUUUUCGAAUGCUCUGCAUAUACUAAGGCCGGACUCAGUGAUGUGUUCGAUGAGGUGAUGCGUUUGAUGAUCGCCUCCAAGAAGAAGAGAAAUACGUUCGCCAUUUUCCGCUCAUUGAGACAACAGAUGUUAGAUCUACGUUCCAAGACCUCAAAAAGUGUACUUCGUUUCUUGAGUCCUAAGUCAUCGGCUCCUAAAUCGUCCAAGAGCGUGCCGCGUACACCUGGCAGGAAACUCCGAUUCUCUGUCGGUUGA